GAAGUUAUAGUAGAAAAACAUGCUUAAUUUUGUUGAUAUUUUAGCAAAACUGAUUUUAUUCCACCCGGAACCCUGUUUUUCACUGAUUUCACCCAUCGCCGGCUAGGAGUUUGUUUUGGUUUGGUUCAGUGGGCUUACGAUGGCUGCAGAAGAGACAGGGGGAGGAGCUGUUUCCCAUAGUCAAAAGCUGGAUUCUCAAGGCACAUCAUCCAAUAGAGGUGAAACUGAAAACAGCUUGCAAGAUUUUGUGUGGAAGGUUGAUGAUAUGAAAAGGUUGCGACGUUUUUUGGUGUUGGGAAGUGAAACACCCACGUACUACAUUGACGCAAGAAAGCUAGCUAUAGAAAAUGCGAAAGCCCUUUCCAAUCUUUUGGAAGCAGGAAGAGGUGUUGAAGUUGUGAAUGAAAUAGAGAGGUAUAGCAUUGAAGGACGAACACCAAGGCAGCAGACCAUCUUGUUUUCUCUUGCUGUUUGUGCCCGGAAAGGGGAUCUUGCAACGAAAAGACAAGCAUACAAUGCUUUACCCAGAAUCUGUCGAAUUCCGACUCAUUUGUUUAUGUUUAUUGAGUUCUGCAAGUUGUUGAGUAAGCCUGGCAAAGGUUGGGGUCGUGCCCAUAGGAAUGCCAUAAAACGUUGGUACAAAGAAAAAGAUCCUUGGAAACUGGCCAUGGAUAUCACUAAAUACCAAAAGCAUGAAAGAUGGUCUCAUAGUGAUGUUGCAAGGUUAAUGCAUCUUAAUUCAGAAGGGACUGAUGUUUCUGAUGAGUUGUUUGUUAUAAUGAAGUAUGUUGUUUGUGGUUGGCAGGAGCUUAAUGCUUAUUUUUUUCCACAAGAUGAGACAACAUCACAUCGUUCAAUUGGGGAGAAUGGCAAUGCAGUUUUGGAGUUUUUUAGAGCAGUUGAAGAAGUAAAAACAUUGCAAGAGGAAGUAAGAGUGGUUGAAUUGAUAAAUCAACAUAAUCUUGUUCGAGAACAUAUUCCAACAUGUUUCCUUAAUUCCAAAGAGGUGUGGGAUGCUCUCUUAAGCAAAAUGCCAAUGAUGGCAAUGAUACGUAACUUAAACAAAAUGACUUCCAUUGGCUUGCUUGCAGAAGGAUCACCUCAGGUUAAAGAUGUUUGUAAUAAACUGUGCAACGAGAAUCAGUUAAGAAAUGCACGUAUCCAUCCAUUUAACAUGUUAUUGGCUUUGAAAACAUAUGAGUCAGGAAAGGGUGAGAAAGGUUCUCUGAAAUGGAAAGCCAAUGUGGAAAUCACCAAAGCAUUGGAGAAAGCAUUUUAUUUAUCAUUCAAGAAUGUUGAACCAACAGGUAAAAGUUACAUGCUAGCCAUGGAUGUAAGUUGCUCAAUGCAAGCCAGUGGAUGUAUUGGUGCAAGUACAAUGAAACCUCAUGUGGCUUCUGCUGCAAUGGCUAUGAUGACAGCACGAACAGAAGAACAUCAUGAAUUUGUUGCAUUUAGUCAUGAAAUAGUUCCAAUGGAGAUAUCCAGUAACAUGAAUUUGAAUGAAGUUUUAAAGAUUUGUAAUGAAAUUCGCAAGGGUGAUAAAGACUUUGCUCAGCCCAUGCUUUAUGCCCUUUACAACAAUUUAAAGAUUGAUGUCUUUAUUGUUUACACAGACUCUGAAUCAUAUUUUGGCGAAGUUCAUCCAAGGGAGGCUCUCGCAAAAUAUCGUCACCAUUCAGGGAUUCAUGAUGCUAAACUUAUUGUGGUUGCCAUGACAUCUAAUGGCGUCACUUUGGCUGACCCAGAUGAUCCUGGAAUGCUUGAUAUAGUUGGCUUUGACUCUGCUGCACCACAGGUGAUGAGAGAGUUUAUCUUGGGGAAUAUUUGAAAGUUUUUAGUAGACAUUGAUGUUUCUUAUCCACAAAUGUCCUCAUGACAUGACAAAUUUUAAUGUAGUGACCCCCAUGUAUGAUGUAUGACAUGUAAAUCUUAAAUUUCUCAAUAAUUUUUUUGUGAAUUUAGUGGUUGUUUUCACUAUUUUAAUGGAGUAGCUUGUACUUUGGUAGUUAUUAAAAAAGUCUUCCUACUCUGAACAUAACAAAACAUUCACUAUAGUAAUAAAUUGAAACGAUGAUUCCUCGAA